AUGGUAUUAAAACGGGGAGCAUUAAUUGUCAUUGAAGGCGUUGAUAGAACCGGUAAAACUACACAGUGUAAAAAAUUAGUUGAAUGUCUGAGAAACAAAAAAAUACUAGCAGAAUACACAAACUUUCCUGAUCGGUCCACUGAAAUCGGAAAAGUUAUUAACAGUUACUUGAAAUCAAAGAAUGAGUUAUCAGAUGAAACAAUUCAUCUUUUAUUUUCUGCAAACCGAUGGGAAAAAGCAAAUAACAUUAUAAAGAUGUUAGAGGGUGGUACCACUUUAAUUGUUGACAGAUAUUGUUAUUCGGGUGUUGCAUUCUCUGCUGCUAAAGACUUGGAUGUAAAUUGGUGCAAAGUUCCCGAUUCAGGGUUACCAAAACCAGACCAUGUAUUUUUCCUUAACAUGUCAUUAGAGAAUAUUCAGCAAAGAAAUGGCUUUGGAAAUGAGAGGUAUGAAGUAUUAGAUUUCCAAAAGAAAGUAAAGAACAUGUAUAUGCAACUAAAAGAAGAAAAUUGGGAGGUUUUGGAUGCAAGCAGGUCCAUGGAAAUUAUUCAAGAGGAACUAUUUCAGAAGACAUUAUCCAUUAUUGAUAGUGUAGGUGAUAAACCAAUUGGGAAAAUAUGGUUAUAAUUAAACUAAGGGUUAAUUAAAUAAUGUAAUGUUGUAAUUAAAUGUGAUAAUAAAAUCGAAUUCAGUAAUAAAUAUAAGUGAUUUUUAGA